AUGCCUUUAAUUCAGAGCUCACAAGAUUAUUUGCCUUACAUUGACGUAGUGCCGUCAGAGCAGGAGCUCAACUCAGCACGCGCUCUCAUCCAAGCUGAACUGCCUCAAGACCACAAGACGACACUCCACCCUUCAAUACCAGAGCGUACACCCAUCAAGUUCAGCGAUCUUGUCGAAGCCGAGCAUGAGCGUCUAUCUACCGGAGCAGAGAAAGAGGCUGGAAUUGAUCUGUCGCGUUACGAAGCCCAGGAUGCGCCAGCCACAAACGACACGGAACAAUGGCGCCAAACCCUUCAGCAGGCCUACGCUUCCUCAGAGUACCUAGAAUCCCGUCAAGUCAACCUGUCAUUACUCGAAACCUACGGCAAGAACGCAUGGCUCAUAUCCAAUGAUCAGCUCGAGGCAAUUCUGCGCACUGCCGAACGCGAAGUCUCACAGAGGAAGAUUGAGCUUGAGAACAUUGACAAUGCAAGAAGAGAUGGUCAGAACGCUCGCAAGGGUGAGCUGGAAGCUUUAGAGCAGCAAUGGAAGAUUGGCGUGGGUCAGAUGCUUGAGGUCGAAGUCGCUGCCGAGAAGCUCAGGCUUGAGAUUCUUGACAAGAAGAGAGCCGGCGCAAGAUGA